CAGACCUCAUUUCUUUGGAGGUGUAGAUCGGCCAAACUCGACAACAAUCUUUCAGCUGAAUGGGUCAACCCCGCUGUGCAUCCUUUAAAUGGGCUUUUUAGCGCGCCAUCCAUAGCAAGUCCUAUUUUCCAGUUAAAAGAACUGAAGAGAAAGAAAGCAGGUUUAAGGGGGAUAAUCCGAGUGAGAUAAUUUAGCUUUUUUUCAUCAAUCUAAUGAUUCAGACUGGCAAGUAAACAAGGACAAACUGCAUGUGUAACUGUUUAGGGGAGACUCAAGGAACGAUACAACAGCUGGGCAUGAUGACUGAGAAAGAAUCGGCAACAGACAACAUAAUAGCAGAUGCAAUGGCAACUCCCUCUCCAGCAAAGAGCAUGGGUGACCCUGGCAUCACCCCACUGUCACCCUCACACAUUCAGCAAAAUGACACGGACUCGAAUGCCCACACAGGACCUUCGUUCAUCGUGGUGGUUGCUGUCGACUUUGGCACCACUUCCAGCGGCUACGCUUACGCCUUCACUAAGGAGCCAGAAUGCAUUCACACCAUGAGACGCUGGGAGGGCGGCGACCCCGGAGUAUCCAAUCAGAAGACGCCUACCACCAUCCUCCUGACCCCGGACAGGAAGUUCCAUAGUUUCGGCUACGCAGCACGUGACUUUUACCAUGACCUGGAUCCUACAGACUCCAAGCACUGGCUCUACCUGGAGAAGUUCAAAAUGAAACUCCACACCACUGCGAAUCUCUCCAUAGACACAGAACUCCAUGCAGCCAAUGGGAAGAGAGUAAAAGCUAUUGAUAUUUUUGCAUACGCUCUGGCGUUCUUCAAGGAGCAAGCACUUAAGGAGUUAAGUGACCAGGCGGGUGCAGAGUUUGACAACACAAACAUCAGAUGGGUCAUCACAGUGCCAGCCAUCUGGAAAAUGCCAGCCAAGCAGUUCAUGAGGGAGGCAGCCUACAAGGCUGGUCUGGUUCCCCGUGACAACCCAGAGCAGCUGAUCAUCGCCCUUGAGCCUGAGGCAGCCUCCAUCUACUGCCGCAAGCUCCGCCUCCACCAGAUGAUUGACGUUGGCACCAAGACCACCCAGAAUGGUUUCAGCCCCACUGAGAAUGUGGGGGCAGGGAUGACCCAGGCCAAGGAGCAUGUCCGGAGCAAACGGCAGAGCCGUACCUUUUUGGUGGAAAAUGUCAUAGGGGAGCUUUGGUCGGAGCUGGAAGAAGGUGACCGCUAUGUGGUGGUUGACUGUGGUGGCGGAACGGUUGACCUCACGGUCCAUCAGAUACAGCUCCCCGAGGGACAUCUCAAGGAGCUCUAUAAGGCCUCAGGCGGUCCUUAUGGCUCCAUUGGCAUUGACUAUGAGUUUGAGAAGCUCCUGUGUAAGAUCUUUGGGCCCGACUUCAUCGACCAGUUUAAGAUUAAGCGGCCGGCUGCCUGGGUGGAUCUGAUGAUCGCGUUUGAGUCCAGGAAACGGGCGGCGGCCCCGGACAGGACGAACCCCCUGAACAUCAACCUGCCCUUCUCGUUCAUCGACUACUACAAGAAGUUCAGAGGUCACAGUGUGGAACAUGCCCUGCGCAAGAGCAAUGUGGAUUUUGUGAAGUGGUCCUCCCAGGGCAUGCUGAGAAUGAACCCUGAUGCCAUGAAUGCCCUCUUCAAGCCCACAAUAGACCACAUCAUUCAGCACCUCACUGACCUCUUUGAUAAGCCGGAGGUGUGUGACAUCAAGUUCCUGUUCCUGGUGGGCGGCUUCGCUGAGUCGCCGCUGCUGCAGCAGGCGGUGCAGAACAUGCUGCAUGGCCGCAGUCGCAUCAUCAUCCCCCACGACGUGGGCCUCACCAUCCUCAAGGGGGCCGUCCUCUUUGGCCUGGACCCCAGCGUCAUCAAGGUGCGCCGCUCGCCCCUCACCUACGGCGUGGGCGUCCUCAACCGCUACGUAGAGGGCAAGCACCCACUUGACAAGAUGCUGGUGAAGGACGGCAAGCGCUGGUGCACCGAUGUCUUCGACACCUUCAUUGCGUGCGACCAGUCCGUGGCCCUGGGCGAGACGGUGAAGCGCAGCUACACGCCCGCCAAGCCCAGCCAGCAGGUCAUCAUCAUCCACAUCUACUGCUCGGAGAAGGAGGGCGUGGGCUUCAUUAGCGAGCCGGGCGUGAGGAAGUGCGGCACGCUGCGGCUGGAUGUGACCGGUACGGAAACCAGCGCCGCACGCCGUGAGAUCCAGACGCACAUGCAGUUCGGGGACACGGAGAUCCGGGCCAUGGCGGUGGACGUGGCCACCUCGCGUACUGUCAAGGCUAGCAUCGAUUUCCUCGCUCAGUAA